CAAAAACCACCAGCGACCGUCACCAAAAAAAAGCAGACGUAAUACGGAUCUGUUUGUGCCAACUCUAAAGGAAAGUCGGCAUUAGAAAGGAAGAGUUGAUAUCAAUAUGUCGAAAGGUUAGGCAAAACUCGGAGACCAUAAUGUUGCUCUGCGUGGGUAGUCCGAUAAUCGAUUAUAUCACUGAUGUAGAUAACGACCCCUCCUUUUUAAAAAAAUAUCAGCUCGAAAGUGACGGUGCCGUUAAAGCAGAUUAUCGACACGAAAAACUGUUUGAAGACAUUUUGGGAUUGCGGGACACCAAAGUCGUACCCGCCGGUAGCGUCACCAACACCGCACGGGUUUUCCGAUGGAUUUCGAAAAAAGGCGAGGUUAUGUACGUCGGUGCGAUAGGCAAAGACAAAAACGGGAGGUUAAUUAAACUGCGAUUGGACAGCGAAAAUGUACCGUACCGUUUCUUAGAGAGGAAAACUGAGAUGACAGGAAGAUGCGCGGCUCUCAUUUCGGUGGGAGGCAAAUACAGAUCGCUUGUAACAGAUUUAGGGGCGGGAGGUACAUUUCGACCCGAAGAUUUAAACGAUAAUUUAUGGGAAACUAUUAAUAAAUGCACGAUGAUUUACAUUUCGGCAUUUUUUUUGAACGUAUCCGUGGAGGUAACCGAGCUGCUCAUCCGCCAUUUCAAAAGAGCCGGGAAAAAAGUGGCAGUAAAUUUGGGCGCGGAAUUUUUGUGUAGGCUGCAUCCGGGAAAUGUUCGAUAUAUGGUCGAAAAUGCUGAUAUUGUUUUUGGGAAUGUGAAGGAGCUGCUCGUCCUGUGCGAAACCUUGGACAUAAUCGGCCAAACCACGGAGGAAUUGUUGGAAAAAUUUUACUGCGCGUUUACCGACGAAACUUCGAACACAGAAAAAAUUUUGGUGUUUACCGCAGAUAGCAAGCCGGUGGUGACGCGUUCGCGGGCGGGCCUGAAAUAUUUCCCGGUGGGCGUCGUUGAUAAUAUCGUCGACACCAACGCGUGCGGGGACUCAUUCGCUGGCGGUUUUCUGGCCAAGACCAUGGAGCGUUGUUCUCUUGAGGAGUGCGUGAGGUGUGGUCUGUGGUGUGCCGCCGUCGUAAUUCGAACUAUGGGCUGCGAAUUCGAAACCGUACUCGAAUACGAGCAAACUUAACCUGUGUUUUUUUUUGUUUCCCAAAAAUGUUGUGGUUUUUACCAAAGAGAAAACUAAUAA